AUGGCGGAGCACUGCAAGAUUUCUGCUGCCAUUGUUGCCGAGUCCGAGGAAAGAUCGUAUGCCUUCAAGAUAGACGGAUACUGGAAAGCCAAGCGGCUGGUCAAGAACGGCGAGAGCGUGACUUCUCCCCCCUUCUGCGUCGGAGGUCACGACUGGAUUCUGAGGUACUACCCCAAGAUUUUCGAUCUAGUAACCGUCUUCCUGGUUCUCGAUUCUGCUGAUGCAAAAGGCGUGAAGGCGAAGGUCCGAUUCUGCUUACUCGACAAGGACGGGGUACGGGUGCCGUCGUACACCUUCCAAGAAAAUGUCUUCCGAGGCAAAGGAUCAUCCGGGGGCGGCGUUGGCUAUUCCAUCAAGCAGGAGGACCUGGAGCGAUCGCCGCACCUGAUAGACGACUGCUUCACCAUCCGGUGCGACGUCACGGUGAUGAAGGAGUUCAAAGGCAAAGAAAAUGGCCAGUUCGUUGUGGUUCCCUCGAGCGACUUGCACCGACAUUUCGGCGACUUUCUGAAGAGCGGGGAUGGAACGGACGUGACCUUUCAAGUCGAUGGCAAGACCUUCUCGGCCCAUCGGUCCGUGCUUGCUGCUCGGUCGCCUGUGUUCAAGGCGCAGCUCUUCGGCGCCAUGAAGGAGAGUUCUGAUGAUCUGAUUAUGGUCGAUGACAUGGAAGCCGACGUGUUCACAUCAUUGCUCCAUUUCAUAUACACCGACUCGCUCCCGCAGAUGACCCGUGAAGGAGACGAUGUGGUGGCAGCUAGCCAUCUCCUUGUAGCGGCGGACAGGUAUGACGUCCAGAGGCUGAAGCUCAUCUGCGAGGAGAAACUGUGCAGCCACCUUGACACCGAUACGGUGGCAACCAGUUUGGUUCUGGCUGAGCAACAUAGCUGCCAUGGGCUCAAGGAAGCAUGUCUACAGUUCCUCGCUUCUCCGGCCAAUUUGGAGGCGAUGAAAGCAAGCGAUGGCUACGUGCAUCUCAAAAGCAGUUGCCCGUCUGUUCUCAAGGAACUGAUUGCUAGACUCCUGCCUGCUGAACUGAAAGCGGCCAAGGAUAUUGUCAUGGCAAUUUAG